GUUUAAAGUUAGAUAAAAUUGCUCCAUAUUAUUUUCAAUUUAAUAAGGAACUGCAAAACUGCUAUUUUAAACGUGCAUAUAACCUCACAAGUACGACGAAUAUAUCCAAUACCCGCCAAAAUUCUAACUUGUCACAUUUCAAAUAAUAACUAGAAAUAUAAAACUGCUCGGGAGUUGGGUAAAUACCACAAUUUUGCGGUGAUUUGGUUAUUCGCUUGAUUCAUGUAUAACACAUGACCCAUGUAAUGUAACUGUAACCUCAAAUUUGCUGGAAUGAAGUCAACAAAAAAUGCCCACUUCAAAAUAUUUUAAAUAGUGGAAUGUUUCAUUUUAGCAUCUAUUACAAUCAGUUUAGUUUGUUUUUUUGAAAAAUCCACAAUUCAUGACAAUCCUAAAAAAAUUCAUAUCGCUAGCCGCUAUGGAAAGCGUUCUUUUGAAAAGCAAGUUCCGAGGCAGCUUACUGGGUGCUGUUAUUGGUGACUGCACGGGGGCACCGUUUGAAGGUGACACCAUCACCAGCGGUGAUAAGAUCGUUAUUCAGCGCUACUUUGACAAACUUGAGGACCCUGAAUUUAAAGCACCUUUCAAACCAUACACAGAUGAUACAGCAAUGACAAAAUCUGUAGUAAAAUUUUUGACUGACAAGCCAGAACCAGAUUACAAAUUUUUGGCUAGGCUAUUUGUUAAUGAGUACAUGAAAGAACCAAGAAGGGGUUAUGGUGCUGCAAUUGGAGAGGUUUUCAACAAAAUGAGAUUAUCAAAAUUUGACGAUGUAUUCAAACCAGCAACAGAACAAUUUCAAGGCAAGGGCUCAUAUGGAAAUGGUGGAGCAAUGAGAGUAGCUCCUAUUGCUUUGUACUACCAUGAUAAUUAUGAUGCCAUGUUAGGAGUAGCCACAAAAGCUACUAAACUUACCCAUACUAAUACCUUUGCAAUACAUGGUGCUCUCUUACAAUGUAUAGCUGUCCGAGAGGCACUGUUAGCUGAUCCAAAGAAGAAACUUGAUCCAGAGGAAUUUGUUGCAUCAUUGCAAGAAAAGAUGAAGAAAAUUGAGAAUGCCAAUGUUGAUAGGGACUUGGAAAGUAGUAGCCCAGAGGAUAGAGCAUACCAAGAUAAACUCAAAAUAGUUGAAGAUUUAAUUGGGAAAAGUUAUGAAGACCUAGAUGAAGAAGUUAUCUUCCAGUUAGGAAAUGGAAUUAGUGCAUAUGAAUCAGUACCUACAGCCAUCCACUGUUUUUUGAGGGCACAGAAUGAUAUUGCACGUAUUGAGACUGGGAAUCAGUUCAGGAGAACCAUACAAUAUGCAAUCAGUUUAGGGGGUGACACAGAUACCAUAGCAAGCAUGGCAGGUGCAAUUGCUGGGGCAUACCUUGGUGAAGAGGCUGUCAACUCAGAGUUGAUCAGGCAUUGUGAGUUUACCCAGGAGAUGACUGAGGUGGCUGAUAACCUUCUAAGUGCCAAAGGUGAAUUUCCAAAGUGAAAUUAUUUUGCAUUGUGGGUGUGGAAUGGAAAAUAUUUUUAAACCAUGUUUAUAGUAAUGGGGUUUGGUAUUGUAUAAUAAUGUAACAAAAACAUCGUUCUUACCGUUUUAAGUCCAAUUUAUUACUCCAACACUAACUUAAAUCACUUGCAACUAAUUUAUAACUAUGUCGACUGGACUAUUAUUUCAUCAUAUUUCGCGUUUGCAGAAGCCAUCUAGAUGACGGUAGAUAACUCGAAUCUCGGCCGAAGAUUCUAAUUAUCGCCGCAUGCCUUAUAACGCUCUGGUUGCCUCCAUUCAGUGUUGCCAGGCAGAUCAGACCUAAAAACCUCUACCAGCCAUCCGGAAAGUUCGCUACUUUGCCGCUAUACAAAGGAAUGCCUUUACUUAUUUAAUUGAGGUGCACUAAAACGGCCAAUAAAACCAAAUAAAACUAUUGAAAUCUAUAGUUUUAGUUCACCCCAAAAAGCUACCGCUGAUUUUCGUUUAAGCUGUUCUUUUUCUUAAAAAGAAAAAUUUUUUUUUUCAGUUAUGAAAACGCCAAAUUACUAUCAGCAACAUGUUUAAUUUUUUUUAAAAUAACAUUAAUAUGUAUUAAAUUUUCCGUGAAUUUGAAAUUCAAAACAUUAUUGGAUUCUAUAAAAUCAAGAUGUUCCAUCCACGUAUCUUUUACAGGAAAUCUUUUAAUUGAAUCGGUAGCAGCUUUUUGGUAAAAAUGCAAGCAUUUUUACUUAAAUUGUUGAACGUCACCUUUAUCUAAUUUUUUUAAUAUACAAUACGUCUCCAGGCUAAUCCCAAUUUGAAUUUCUUCUGUUGGUAGUAAACAAUACGGAUGGAAAAAAUUUAAUGUAAAUAGGGAUAUACAAAUAUACAAUCUAUAGUAUUAUGGAAUAAAAACAAAAGGGUUUGAUGAGACAAAAAGAUUUCUGGGAAGUACCGGAGCACAGCUAAUACGAUUACGAGGUAAUCCUAGCCGAGCCGAUAAAGCAGACAUGACAACCGGCAUACCAGCAAUCAGUAGCGCCUUGUCCUUAAACAUAAUUUGAACAUAAAUAAAUGUAUGUAUUUAAUAUCUAAAUCGUUAAAUAAUUAAAAAUGAAUUGUCCCAAUCUAAGUCGAAAAAGUCGCUACAAGCAGGUUUGUUUUUGAAAAUUGCCUCUACGUCUUAAACUAAUCAAAAAGUCGCUAUUUUCGCGACAAGUCGCUACGAACGGCAACACUACGUCUCAUUGGUACCCAGAGUUUCAGUUAUACGAGGGCGUUACAGUAAAAACAUGUUUUACGUAGAAUUUGUUUUACCUGGACAGACACAAAUCAACAUAGAAACACCGUCAUGCAGUCAUGCUGCUUCCCAAGGAAUUGAUGCUUCCAAGUCUUUUAAUGUCAGUCUGAAAUAUGUGUGCUUUUACGUGCAAUACAAAGUAUCAGUGAAAAUAACAAGAAAUUAGUCCAUUCCUAUAUAAAUAUGAACUUAAAUAAGUGUUUAUACAUUUUGUAUGAAUAAUGUAAAUUAAUAAUAGUAUUUAUUUGUAUAUUUUGUGCUUAAAAUAUUGCCCUGUUUUUUAAACAAAACUGGAAAUAUGUAAUAUUAACCUAGUGGGUUUUUUGUUUUAGUCGGGUAGAGUACUAUUAUCUGAAACUAAAAUCAAAUCUUCCACACAAAUUAAACAAUACACCUGUUUAAAAUGUAAGUUCAUUUCGAUUAUCCCUGUUAGUAUGUAUCUGAUCCUAAUAAUCAUUUAUUUGGAAUGAAAAACAAAUUACUGGUAAAUUAUGUUUUUCUAGUAUAGGUUAGGUAUGUAAACGUGCUUUUUCACUUUAUAGCAGCUGUCCAUUUAAAUUCUAUUUCAUGAGAAUCAAUCAUGUGUUGACGUCUACUGAGGUAAACAGCUGAUGAGCAUGUGAUAUCUUUAUAUUUGUAACGUUGGCAAUAAUGAAUCGGAUGUAAAUAUAGUGAAACGUGCUUGUAGCAUAUUUUUUGUAUGCAAAUGAACUUUUCUAAAUAAAAAAGGGUUGUUAGUAAGUAGAAAACGAAUCUGUAGCUUACCAAAAGCCCAAACAAAAUAAGGCUGUGUCUACCUGGCGUUGACGGAUCCGUUAGAAUUAUGUCAUUCGUCGAUAUGGGGAAUUUUGAAAUAUUACUAGAUUAUCAGCUGUUAUUCUAUCGCAAUGAAUACUCGUGAAAAGACAUUACUUCCUUGCUCAAAUUUCAACCUAGUUUGUGGAGAUGACACAGAAAACAUGGUAGAAACAUAUGUGCAACGUAACAUGAACACAUUCUGGCCCCGUCUUAGAGAUCUACCGGAUAGCACCUCCGUGUUCGACAGUAGUUAGAGACCAUCUAGCACCUAUAGACAAUCACAACAUCCAUAGCCAAGAGAAAAAUUUCCCAUGGGCACAAAGGUUUCUAUUGGACAAUUUUAGAGAUAUCGAGGACCAAAGAUGAGGAAUCUAAGUACCCAGUAAUACGAUUUCCGCACAAUUCUCUAUAAAUUUUAGCAGAGAUCACUGUUUUGAGCUGUCAAACCACGUAAAUUACAUUUUACAUGCAAUUGGGUCGUAGUCGUGCAUUCGAUUUUUGUCAGACGGCAGAACGCGAUUUUUUCUAUCUCAUAGAUAAUUACGUGAUGAUAAAUCGAAACUAUUCACUGUAUUAGCAAGUUAGCACGGGUGCCAAAAUAGGAAAAGUAUUUUGGUACGGUACUGACAUCAUUUAAUAUUAUGUAUUUAGUGAUGUGGCUUAACGUUCGCCUCUUAACUCCUCUACGGCGACUUGGGUGUCUCAUUUUUCAAAAUAAUAAUAAUAAAUGCAAUUUUUGACUGUAAUAGGAAGUAGCGCAAAUGCCAAUUCGGAGAAAAUAUUUUUUUAGAGUGAUGCAAUUGCGUAUGCAGAAAUCUAAAUACCGAGAGAAUGUGACUGCUGUGAGGACUUAAAGACACUUUGUUGAUCUGAUUUUGGAACCUCAAAGAUAGUAGAACUGGGAAAGACCUAAUAGUUCCACAAUCUUGACACUGUAACAGGAAGUUCGUCCGAGGCUCCCGGACCUCUCAACAUCGUGCCUUGACUAGUUCGGAUCUCUAGUCCAAUACUUCAAUUUCUGGAUUGGUCCGAGACUACUUGAAUUUCCAGUUCUGUUACCUUUCACUUGUCUUCCUAUAGGAGGUAGACCCGCGUAGAACCUGACAUAGUGUGAUAGAAUCAUAGCUCAUUGAAACACUCACUUUGCGCAGAACGUUGCCUCUUCUGUUCUCCAGGUAAUCCAGAGAACGUGUUCAGUUAACGAAUUCAAUUUUAUUCGGUUUUAUGGAUGCAACGAAUUUUUACAAGGGUAGGCGUCAUGGAGAAUUAUGUCAACGAAUUUAGAAAUUGAUAAUCUUGGUCGGCUACAACACUCUAGGAACAAUAAAGCGGUCGUACCGGCCAGCUGUGGAUGUGCGAAAUUCGACAGAGUUAGGAUGAGGCGCAGAAGCCUCGCGGGCCCAUCUGGCAGGCUCAGCGCGCGGUAGCUUCAUGGAGGAGAGCUCUAAGGAGUAAAGCUCGAUGUCAUAGCUGUAGCCCGCCGUUCGUGUGAAAAGGGCCCGAAACCGUCCUUUAGAAGAAGUGCAUUGAUUAGUUGGGCAGGCGUCCACUGAACAGUAUCUAGUAGUUGGAGGGGCAGCAUCCCAAACGUGUGAGCAGAAAUAAUAGUUCUUCUUAAACAAAUAACCCAACGUUUGCCAGAAGAAGCAAUUUUAUUGGUUCUGUGGCAUAACUCGGUCAUCCAUAUUUUUGCUGCUUGAACAUCCUACUACCAUGUUGUGACUUUUACAGGAACUGUUUCAAAUAUUGUUAGUGGAGCUACGAUGCGAACAUAAGCAACAUUACUUAAUACUCAUAAUAUUAAAUGAUUUUUCCUAUAUUGGCAUUCGCGCUACUUCCUAACACAUUUAAUGCAAAAUUGUGAUUUAUCAUCUAAUCUAUGAGACACCCAAAAUCACGUUCAACCAACUAGGAAAAAUCAUGUGCACAAAUACGACCUAUAUCAAAUAUCGUUUGAGAUGUUUGACAGCUCAAGAAAGGUCAUAACAUAAAGACCGAAUUUAUAUGUAUUUACAUGUUUUUACAUAUAACAUAAUAUUUUAGGGUUUUUUCGGAUAAAGACAUAUAACAUAAUAUAAAAUGGCAUUUUGUUUUUUUUUAUUCAGACUUAACACAUUUAUUAUUACUCAUUGUUAUGUAAAUCUGACAACGGUGCAUAAAUUAUAAAGACUACAAAGCAUAUCGGUGAUUCCCCCAAAGCGUAUCGGUGAUUUCCCGAUUAAUAAUUUGGCGCCGUGCCGUGCACCUGUCGCAGUCUUUAUUUAGAAAACUUGAGUAGUAAAUAAACACGUAUUAUUCUUCGCUGCCGUUUAAUAUUUAAAAAGAUCGCCAUGCUGAAAGUAUCAAGCUCUAAAGCUGAUUUACUUAAGAAAUGGAUAAAGAAUGCUAAACAUUUAUCCACUGAUGGAACAGUUGUAUACUGUAAGCCUGUUCAAAGCAAGUGAGUAUAUGUAUUAAUAUAAUAAUUAAUUAAUCUUUCAUUAUCUACGGAGCUAUUAUUGUAAAUAUUCAUUAUUUCAAGGUUUCAAGUUUUUUUUAAGAGCUCGUUUGAUUUUAGGUAUCCUCAAACCAGAAAUUUCAGAUCGAUCAACACCUUGCUACAGCCAUUCACAAGGAAAUGAGAAACGAUUUAACGGGAAAGUGCAACAAACGUUUGUUUCAACUGCAUUAUGUGGCAGCUCCCAACAAAACCAGGAUUCUAAAAUUGAAUUUUAUUUUGAUUUAUGCAACUCCAUGGCACAAUCAAACAUACCAUGGAAUAAAUUAGAACAGCCGGCGUUCCGUAAAAUUUUAGAAGAAUAUUGUAACCGGCAUAUCCCAAAUGAAUCCACAUUGCGCAAAAACUAUUUGAAGAAAUGUUACCAGGUACGUUUAGAAAAUAUUAGGGAAAAGUUAUGCAACACAAAUAUUUAUAUUCAAGUUGAAGAAACAACAGAUGCAUGUGGUCGUUAUAUUGCCAAUAUACUUGUUGGUAUUUUACCCCUCCAGUGUCUUAUUUAAUUAAUUCUGCAGCCUUAGAAAAAACCAAUCACUCGACCGUUGCACGUUUUAUUGAUGAUAGUUUAACCCUACUAUAUGCACCAAAUCCAGUUAAAUCAGAAAACGUAAAAUUGAUGCUUUCUGAUGCGGCCGCUUAUAUGAUCAAGGCUGAAAAAGCUUUACUGGUAUUUUACCAGGAAUUAAUACAUUUCACCUGUAUGGCUCAUGCAUUGAAUAGAUUAGCCGAAUUAGUACGUGCAGAAUAUAUCCUUCUUUUUUUUAUACUCCAACUACCACGAAGGCCUAAGGCCUAAACACCCA